CGAUUACAUAACUACGAAACCAGUCAGAAGUAUUUUCCUUCGGAUCAUUUCGGCUUUGUUUAUCAUCGAAGAGAAGAUGUCAGCGAGAGAGGCUGUCAGACUUUUGAAGCCCAAAUCGGCGUUUCUGCAGCUUGUUCAGGCGAGAUGUGCACAGACUGCAGCGGCCACACAGCCAGCGAGAAUGAAGAAGUUUUCCAUCUACAGAUAUAACCCUGACAAGCCUGGGGAUAAGCCAAAGCAGCAGGUUUAUGAAGUCGAUCUUAACCAGUGUGGCCCGAUGGUUUUGGAUGCCCUGAUCAAGAUCAAGGACACAAUGGACUCAACCUUGACCUUUCGUAGGUCGUGUCGAGAGGGCAUCUGUGGCUCAUGUGCCAUGAACAUUGGAGGGGAGAAUACUCUCGCUUGCUUAUGCAAGAUCAAUGACAACAGCUCCACACUGAAGAUCUAUCCUCUGCCACACAUGUACGUCAUAAAGGACUUAGUUCCAGAUAUGGCCAACUUCUAUGCCCAGUAUGAAAGCAUUGAGCCGUACCUGAAGAAGAAGGGCAUCAAGGAGGAGGACAUAGGCAAGGAGUCGUACCUUCAGAGUGUGGAGGACCGCGCUAAACUGGACGGUCUAUAUGAGUGUAUCCUAUGUGCGUGUUGUUCCACUUCAUGUCCCAGUUAUUGGUGGAACUCGGACAAGUAUCUCGGCCCAGCUGUGCUCAUGCAGGCUUACAGGUGGAUGGUGGAUUCGCGUGAUGACUACACCGACGAGCGUCUUGCCAUGAUGGAGGACAAGUAUUCCGUGUAUCGGUGUCACACCAUCAUGAACUGUACCAAGACUUGCCCCAAGGGUUUGAAUCCAGGUUUGGCAAUCGGUGAGAUGAAGAAAAUGAUGGCUCUAUACGAUGCCAACAAAGCCAAGGCCAAGGCUGAUGUUGCAGCAAAGGUUUAGAGAGGGACUAGCGUAGAUCCAGCGCUGUGAACAAGGAUGGGAAGCCAACAGGACAUUUUUGUUAUGUUUUAUCAGUUAUUGUGACCAUAAUUAAUAUGGAUUGUUGUUUUAUUGAAUAAAAAAGCUGCUGUAA